GAGCUCGUUGUUAAGAGUGCUUCCUAGGAAACCCUUACACAAAGCUCAAAUAAACUUUAUCAGACACCAUGGCUGGAGCCAUUACUGGAUCUUGGUUUCCGACUGGAUUUCAUGGACAUGCCCGCAGUAAAUCCCGGAAUGACAUAUUUCAGGAAUACAGACAACGGGCCAAGCCACCCCCUCCCGAGAAGCUUAUAAAACGACUCCGGGAGAACCCUUUGAAACAUAACUUUUCCAAACAUGAUAGUCGGCAAGUGUUUCAUGACGGUGCCACCUAUCUGGAGAAUAGCAAUGCUAUAAGUCGAGCAAAAACUGCUUUUGGAAGAAGAAGUGAAUUUAAGAAAGAUUUUAUGUCCUGGAUUCCGAUUCAGACUGACAGCCAACAACAGUGGCCAUUAAUAUCCACAUAUAAAGCAGAUUUCUGGCAUCACAGAAAGCCACAAUCCACAGAGGUGAUGAUUCCUCAGCUACUUAUCCCACGAGGUCAACCACUGAUAACAGCUGUCUAUCCUAGAUCAGAAAUAAUGCAAACAACAUAUCGUCAAUUCUACAGCCACUGUCAGCCAAAUCCAAACAUUUAUACAAAUGUCUUUACUGGACAAGUGCAGAGCAUACCCAUGGAAAAGGAAGCAACAUUUGUCUAUGUGAAUCCCAAACCAAAGCCAGCAAGUGGCAAAUGUAGAGCAAGACCUUUAUUAUCACAGUGUUCCACUGUUGCUGACUGUCUUUUUUGGCCUGUCCCAAAAACAAAUCCAACAAAUGACUGAAAAUUUUAUGACAGACAAUCAGUACAAGGAGAAAACAAGUUCAACCCAGUGUUUCUAGACAACUUGAUAUCGUACUGGGGAAAAGAAGUCUGAAAUUUUUUUUAACGCUUGCCUUUUCAGGUAAUCUUAGGAAAUUGUAUGAAGAGAAGGUUAACAAAUAAUCUUCUAGACGUGGAGAAUAAUUUACAAAGAGUCUUGAGCCAGCAGUUAAUUCUCCUGUCACAACACAACAGAGUUGGAAGGUUUUGUAAAAGCUUUGUAUUUUCAAAGGAUUGCUGAAAGAGUGUUCCUAAUUAGGCACUGCUUGGCUACACACUCAGAGUAAGAAACCACAGAAUGGUUGAUUUGGGAAUUGUGGAUUAGGGAAAUGAUUUCUGAAUUUGAGACUAAGGACAUAUUUUGAAGAGUAGUGGGAGUUUUACUUACUAUCUGGUUAUCAUACACCUGACUUGCACUUGUUUGCUAACAGAGGAUACUUUAAAGGGGAUUCCACUGUCCCAACAUUCCUCACUUUGAUCACAAUUUAUGAAACAUAUUUGAACCCAAUUCUUUAUGAAAAUGUCUCAGACCCUGUGUUUUUAUUUAAUCUGGACAUACCAGAGUAGGACAGAUAGUGGAAUUGCAGGAAUUAACUCAGAAUGGAUUGGAUUAAAUGAGCAUAACGCGGAAAUAAAAAGCAGAGGAAAUUUAAUAUAAUCAGGUGGAAGUUGCUACACAUAAGCUAGAACAAUAAGCCCCAUGUAUACUGCAUGAAUUGUGUGGAGAGACCUAGGCAAAUUGGAAUGGGUCCAACUGAUGUAGGACAAUGAUUGAUCAAACCAAAUGAGUGUAAACGUGUAUCAUUACUGAGUUAGUAGUCCAGAGCACAUGAAUUCAAAUUCGAUUAUGGUAGUUUGACAAUUUAAAUUCAAUUUAAAAACUUUGGAAUAAAACAAACUGUUAUUCAUAAAAAGA